AUGUCUGCCAAAGGUGAAGAGGAAUUGUGCUCAAUUGAUUUAAUUUCUGCCAAAAUGUCCGAUGUGCAAAAGCUUACAGUUGAAGUGCACGACUUACUGAGGCAAGAUCUUGAAAAAGUCAGACAAGAAAGAGUAGCCUUUGAUGAACUCACAAAAACCCUGAAUGCAGUCCAUUUUAGUAAAGCGGUAAAGGUUAAUGUUGGUGGGAAGAUUUACAAAACUACACUAGAUACCUUGCGAAGGGAUCCAAAUUCUAUGCUGUGUGCUAUGUUUUCUGGAAGGCACGAAUUGAAAGCGGAUGAAGAAGAUGGGGCAUAUUUUAUAGAUCGUGACGGUAAACUCUUUCGGUAGGUACCAGAUACUUCUACAGUGAUUUUCGCUUUUAAAACGAGAUUACAUUAAACUAUUUCCAAAAAAAGUCAAAAAUCUACGGCGCCACGGAUACAUGUAGUUUUCCUCGAGAGAAUAGUAAUAGACAGGCCAUGUAAACUGGGAUGUCACGCAAUAGCUUAUCAGAAAUGUCUGAAUGCUGUUUCUUGGUCAUGCGUAGCAAACUAUAAAUUCUGUUAUAAUUAUUUUCUUAAUUCUGUUUUUAACUGAUCAUGAUAGCAAACAUUUGUCACUGGAAGGGAAAGGAGUGAAGACAAGGAUUAUUUAUCUAUUUAUUUUUAUCGGAAGCAUAUAGGUUUUUGUGCCCCUGGUUUUAUUUAUUUAUUUAUUUAUUUCGUUUGUCGGGUUUUUUAGUUAUAUAUUAAUUGCUAUGGUCAUUUUUUGUUAUGAUUAAGAUACAUCUUGAACUACCUUCGUAAUGGCGAGCUCUUUUUCCAAAAUGACCUAAUGAUGAAGAAAGAGCUGCUUGCAGAAGCCAGAUUUUAUCAAGUUCAAGGGAUCAUCGAUAUACUUGAAGGAAAAACCUUGAAAGUUUCCACCAUAUUAAAGAACGAAAGUCAUCAAUCAGCCAUUCACUCGUGGCUUCCUGAAGGUGCAUCAUAUUCCCUGCUGUACCGCGUUACCACUGAUGGAAGUAAGCCUGAAGACUUUCAUCGUUGCUGCGAUAACAAGGGCCCAACUUUGGUGGUCGUUCAAAAUGAAGAGUUCAUAUUUGGCGGGUACACCUCAAAAUCAUGGCAUUCGCGUAUGUACUUGUUUAGUUACUUUAUUCUAACCAUGUUUAACUGCCUUGUUUGUGGUUAAUGGAUGUUAACUUAUCAAUCCUUUAUGUCAUUUCCUCAGCUUCUACAAUGGCUGCUACCGCAGACGACAAGUCUUUCUUAUUUACAUUGGUGAAUCCUUCUGGGAAUGAACCUCUGAAGCUCAGUGCAAAACCAAAGUGCGGAGGAAUACGAUGUAGAAAUGAUCUUGGUCCGAGAUUUGGAACCAGUGAUAUCAAUGAUCUUUGUUUGUGGCAAUUGUCCCCUUCCAUUAGUUUUACAGGGGGGCUCAAUCUUGGUAAUGGUUUCAGUUGUCCUCAAGGCAAAGACAAAAAUACCUUUUUUACGGGUCGAAGCCCUUUUAAUAUAAAUGAACUGGAAGUAUUUAAAGUCAGCAAUUAG